AUGCUAAAUCAAGUAUCAUAUACGAGAAAUCCAGAAUUUUUAGAGAAAUAUUAUAUAUGUAGAGGAUCAGAAAAGUUUUACAGUAAUUUUAAUAUUUCAGUUAAAUAUGAUCAACCAAUAACCAAAAAUCAAUUAUCUGCAGCACUUAGAUCAUUAAUUUUAAAAAAUAGUUGGUUCAUUCACAAUUUCUUCAAGGUUGAUGAAAAAGAUAGCAAGGUUGAAAAUUACAAUAAUUGGAAACUAAAAUAUCUUGAACAAAUUAAAUUUAGAGAUGUUGUAACUACUCAAAACAUACAAAAGUUCAAUGAAUCGACACUUGAAUAUUUGAAUGGGUUAACACUAAAUCAUAACACCAAAGAAACAUUAUGGAAGAUUAUUUUAUUCAAAGAAGAUUCUGGAGAUCAAUGGCUUACUGUAUAUGUAGAUCAUUCAAUGUUUGAUGGAUUAUCACUAGUUCAAUUUCAUAAAGAUUUAGCUAAAGAAAUAUCAUUAGUUGGAAAUCCAAAAGAAGUAGUUGAGACUUUAUUUGAUUUGGAAAAAGAUUUAGAGCAUUUACCUUCAAAACCAAUGGUUGCUUCUGAAGUUGCUACUGAUUUAUAUUACCCCACUUAUACUAAAGUAUGGAAUCAUUAUCUUUCAAAGUACGUACCAGGUUACGCAACAGUUUCAAAUUGGUUAUAUCCAGCAAAUACAAAUCCACCACUUUUUCAUAGUCCAUCACCAGUUAAAAAAGACUUAACAACAAAAUACAAAUUAUUAAAAUUUAGCCCUGAACAAAUGAGUAAAAUGAUUAAAUUUUGCAAGACUGAAAGAGUUACAUUUACUGCAUACAUGGACGUGAUGUUCAUAAAAGCCUUACAAAAUUCGAUCUUUAAAGAUUACGAUCCAACUCAGCAAUUCAGCACCCAUUCAUUCAUUGCAAUAAAUGGUAGAAGAUAUUAUGGAGAAGACAUCAGGAAUUUCAAAUUUGGUACAAUGGUUACCGGAAUUCAUAUCAAGACUCCACCAGUGAUCAAUGAGAUCGAUGCAAUGAAACAUCUCAAUGUUGAAUUAAAUAAAGAAAUUAAAUCAAGAUCAUAUUUUAAAGAUAUAGGAAUGAUGAAAUACGUAAACUUAUUCAAUUACUUUCAAAGUAAAAUAGGCGCCAUUAAUACAAGUUCAACUUUUGGAAUAUCUAAUUUAGGUAAAGUUGCCACUAAUAAAGAUGUGCCAAUACAAUUCAAAGAUAUUGUUUUUAGUGCUAAUGCUGGUGUAAUGUACGGAUUGGUUCUCAAUACAAUAACAUUACCUAAUGGUGAGAUGAAUAUGGUUAUUUCUUAUAUACCUAAUUAUGGUAGUCUCGAAAGUAAUAAUGAGAAGGGAAUCAAAAGAUUAUUUAAUUUGUUUGAGGAGUAUCUUUUGAAUGGGAUCAAAGCGUAA